GUCCGGGAGUUGGACAUAAGCGUCUGUUAGGACCGAGGCCUCUGAAGCAGGCACCCGGAAAAAAGUUAGUGGUAAAGAUGGCUGCCUUUUCCUCAGCCUGUAAAACCCUCCAUGCACCCCUUUCACCUUCAUCCAGAGAACACACCUGUGACUCCUCUGUUGGGCUGGUUUUGAGCCAAGGUGGAUGGUCGCACGAUCAGGGCCAGACGUUGGGAACUGAGCUUGGUCUGAUGGAGAUGACAGAGGUUGAAUACACACACCUUCAGCACCUCAUCCAGGCGCACGUGGAGGCACAAGCUGGGCCUCCGGAUGGGUCAGAUGCCAGAGCUCAACCUGCCACAGUGAUGGAAGACACCACUGGAUCCCCAGUGAUUUCUCCCCUCACGACCACUCAGGCGAUUGACCUGUCAACUUCGACUGAUGAACACAGUCUGGUGAUGCCAGGAGAGAAGACACCAGCUUCUUACGGAGAGGUCCCUGGUUUUGUGCUGGCCAGAAUCAGAGGUGAAGUCAGUCCGACUGAACCUCCUGCCAACAGCAGCACGUCCUCACAGAAGCGGCCCAGAUCAGCUGCUAGAGUUUGCUUGGAGAAAAGGUUCAACACUGUGUCUGCCGACACCCCAAGACAGCUGGAUAUUCAGUCUGCAGUUCUCAGCAAUUUUUUGACAAUACUUCAGCAGUCUGCAGAGACUCAAGAGGCAGUUGUACAUCCACAAAUGCAGAAGUGGAUAAAAACUGACAGAUCAAAUCCUUUUGAGAUUUCCAGCCCAUAUGUAGGGGGUGUAUUUAACCCUGUCACCAACAUGUGUGGUCAGGUGAUUGGACAUAUUCCUCACAUGGUUGACCCCAACAAGCACCAGGGUUUAAUCAUCCCCAAGAGUUUUUCAUUGAAGUUUUGCCCAGAAAGGGUUGUUUCCAAAGCUCACUAUACCAGUAGCAGCAACACAACAGGAGAGAAGCAUCUGUUGGACAAAGAAAAUGCUGUGGCGACACCUGCUACCUCCAGGAAGCAUGGUGGUGCCUGCAACUUGGCUGGAGAGUCAGGGAGCAGCACCAGGAAAAGAGCUCGGCCUUGUAUGUCACUGAGCCAGCGCAAGGAGAGACACAACAGCAAGGAGAGGGAACGCAGGAAGAGGAUUCGUUCAUGCUGUGACGAGCUUAACGUGCUGGUGCCAUUCUGUGACUCAGACACAGACAAAGUCACCACCCUGCAGUGGACCACUGCCUUCCUCAGGUACAUCAAUAAAAUGUACGGAGACACCUUCAAAGAGGAAUUUCAGAAAGCAUUUGCUGAUGAAAAAGGGCUCCUUCUUAAAUCUAGCCUUUCUUCAAGCCAGGACCCAGUCCACCGGGAGAUGGAUGAGACACUGACCAUUCCUCUUGCGGUAGAACAAUGA